AUGAUGAUGACCGAAUUGGAACAACAUCAGCCCCGUUCGAGUAUUUUAGAACGUGGUCGAGCUAUACGUUUAUUAAGAAACGGUGAUGCAUUUUUUCAAGGACGUUCAUUUGUUAUUAAUCAACGUAAAUAUCCAAUGUUAGAAGUAUUUCUUGACGAUGCAUCACAAACAAUGAGAGCAAAUUUUGGUGCUGUUCGAUGUAUUUAUACGCCAAAAACUGGUACAAGAGUUAGAGAUAUAUCAGAUUUUGAAGAUCAUCAUACCUAUGUAGCUGGUGGUGCGGAAAAAUUCAAGAAAUUACACUAUCUCGAUAUUGCCGAAGGAAAACGAAAUCAAAAAGAUCGAACGUCACCAAGACUUCCACCUGUUCGACGUAUGGAUGUUGAAGGAAGAGCGUUGAAACUAGCACGUUCAGAAAAUGUUAUUAUAUAUGUAUAUCGAAAUGGUGAUCCGUUAACGUUACCAGCAAAAAUAUUACUUGUAAAAAGUACUUUAGCAAAUUGGGAAUCGGUACUAGACGAAAUAACACGAAAAGUUUCAUUGACAAAUACAGCUGUUCUAAAAUUAUAUGCCAUGAAUGGUGAACUAAUAACAUCAGCACAACAAAUGGAAUAUAAUGGGAUGUAUGUUGCAGCUGGUAAAGAACGUUUUAAACGGAUCGAUUAUCCAGAUCCAAAAACAUUAAGUCCAAAUUCAUCACCAAAAAUGUCAAGAAAAUCUUAUUCUAAUUCGAAUGGAACUAAUACGCAUACUACUACGGCAACAUCCAAUGCUGGAAGUAUCGAUGGUCCACAUCAUCGUCGUCCAGUAAGAGAAGAAUACGAUUUUUUUAAUAAUAAACCGCAACAACAUCGACGUGGACCCCCAAGAGAAAUAGAUUUAGACCGAGAUGAUGGUGGCGUUUUUAAAUCUAAAGGCGUUAAUUAUCGAGAUCGAGUUCGGGAAGUAGAAGAUACAAAAGAUACAAAAGUGGAUCUGCCCGUCGGUUUUCGAGAAAUAGAAACAGUUGAUGAUGAACAACUUUACGGAGCUAAAACGCCACGUCACUAUCGUCAUGAUGCUCAAGAGGUUAUUAAUCAAAAAAAUCGACAAGUACUUACCGAUGUUCAUCGCUCACCCGUACGAACGAUUAAAAGUCCAAUAUCAAAUUAUGAAGAUAAAUUUGAAAAUCAAUUUUCUAACCAAAAUGGAAAUUAUCAUCAUAAAAAUAACAAGGAAAAUCACAGUUUAGCACCAAUAUCUCUUAAUUCUCAGAACUAUAACGAUAAUGAAAAUUCGGACAGAGGACAUGUAGUAUCUAGUGGAACACAGGUUCAUGAGUAUGAUGAUUAA